CAUCAGGUGCAAGUGAACCGGGGCGUAUCCCGACAAGGGGUCGCGUGGCGUGUUCUUCACCGUGGGAUUUGCGCGGUCCAAUUCCAAAAUCAAAAUUAAAAAAAAAAUCCUUUUAAAAUUAAAGCACUCAUUCUCGCUACCACCCACCAGUGUGCUUGUUUAGGUGAGCUGGGCGGGAUCAGGAGACCACCAUGUCCACCGGCGUCGAAUCCGUUCUGCCUCUUUCCCCUCAACGACUGGAAGGGAAGGUCGCUCUUGUAACCGGUGGAGCUACAGGUAUUGGUGAAGGCAUUGUUAGGCUCUUCAGGAAGCAUGGUGCAAAGAUUUGUGUUGUUGAUAUCCAAGACAACCUUGGACAGCAACUCUGUGAGUCACUUGGUGGCGACCCCUAUGUCUGCUUCUUCCACUGCAAUGUUACCAUCGAAGAUGAUGUUCACCAUGCCAUUGACUUCACGGUUCGUAAGUAUGGUACCAUCGAUAUCAUGGUCAAUAAUGCUGGGAUCACUGGCAGCAAGGUGGUGGAUAUCCGCGAUGUUGACUUUAAUGAAUUCAAGAAGGUGUUUGAUGUGAAUGUGAAUGGUGUGUUUCUUGGGAUGAAGCACGCAGCCCGUGUCAUGAUUCCGAAGAAGAAGGGAUCCAUUAUAUCACUGGCCAGUGUAGCAAGUGUGAUCGGAGGGAUGGGUCCGCACGGAUACACAGGCACCAAGCAUGCUGUGCUGGGGCUCACAAGAAAUGUGGCAGCAGAACUGGGGAAGCAUGGGAUACGUGUGAAUUGUGUCUCACCAUAUGCAACCCCCACAAGGCUCUCUAUGCCUCAUUUGCCUGAGAACGAGAGACAGGAGGAUGCACUGAAUGGAUUUCUGUCCUUCGUUGGUACCCAUGCCAACUUGAAAGGCGUGGACCUGGCGGUAGAUGAUGUAGCACAGGCUGUGCUCUACUUGGCAAGUGAUGAAGCCAAGUACGUCAGUGGACUCAAUCUAAUGGUUGAUGGGGCUUUUACGUGUGUGAACCACUCACUACGGCCAUUUGACUGAGGAUAGUUGGCUAGUGCCUUCCUCUUUCAGUCAUUUCACUUUAAUGUGGCAGACUUCAUCUAUAUCAUAAAUGCUGGACUCAGCUGUGGAUGUAUAAUAUAAUGAAUUCAGAUAAAAGAUUUCAUGAGCCAUUUACAUUAUGUACUUGAAUCUGUUGCCAGCGAGAAUGUUAUUCGAUAAAUGGUCCUGCAGGCAGUCGGUGAGAUCAUGCCUUCUGGUUCUUCUAUGUUAAU